ACAUGGUUCCAAGUUCCUCCUGUUUUGAAGUUCAUUGGUUAAUGGUUUUAAUAACUAUGGUAAUCAGAAGAUUCUUUGCUUUCUUCAGUUUCAGAAUUGGUAAAUGAUGUAAAAGAGUAAAACCAAGGUCAUUUUGAUGGAGAAUUGAAGAGAUAAAAAAUGCAAAACAAAUACUACAUAAAUGGGGUCAGUCAGAAGAUGAUAAGCUGAGUGAGUGGGAAAUCCAGACUUUUUUUUUUGUGCCAUUUUAUUUUUUGGAACCAUUGAAGAUAUUACUACAAAGGAGAAAAAAAAAGAAGUGGAAAAGAUCUGACAACUCCUGAUUUUUUUUCUAACUUGGCUCCAUCUUCACUUUGAAGGAUACCCCUCUUUCAUCACCAAGCUCACCUUCCCAUAAGCUCAAAACAAGAGAGAAGAGUGAGGUUUUUUAGAGUUCAAAUGAUGGCCAGAUACCAUGCAGAUGAAGAUUAUAUUGAUAUGGAAGUAAGCUCACCCUCCAACUAUUUGUGUUAUUCCAUAUGCUCUCCAUCUCAAAGCAGAGAGUUUGAGUUCCAAAUGUGUUCAGUUUCUCCAGAUGGAGAAUUCACUUCAAUUAAUCCGGCUGAUGAACUGUUCUACAAGGGCAAGCUCCUUCCCCUCCACCUCCCUCCUCGCCUGCAAAUGGUUCGGAAGCUAACACAAAGUUCCGAUAAUGCUACCUACGAGUGCAAAACUCGAGCACCCUUUGAAGAAAACUCAAGCAUCUCACCAUCAGAAUCCCGUAGGGUGAGUAGUGAGCUUAAUGUCGAUGACCACUUCGAAUGUUCGACUGAAAUGAAUGGUUUCAUCGGUGAUGAUUCGGUUUCGAAGACUUCUUGGUCUCGGAAGCUCAAGAAGAUCAAGCAAUCCUCGAUAAGCCAAAAGUUCAAGGCGUCUUGGGCGUAUCUCAAGUCUUUGUUUAGCAAGUCUGGCUGUUCGGAUGAAUCUUGUGCCAAAGCAGCAUGCAAUGUGGAAGCAGGUAAUGUUUCGAAAAACAAAGAUUGUGUCAACAAGUACAUGAAGAUGGCAAAGAUGAAUUCAUUUGGGAAGAUUGAUAAUGAGAGAUUUAAGAUAUUGAAUCUUAUUAUGAAGAGCAUUGAUAAGGAGCUAGCUGAAGAUGCAGCAAACAGCCAUAGGCAAUCUUUCUCAGGAGUAAUUCAAAAGCAUUCUACAGCAAAGUCUUCAUCUACAUCAACAUCUUCAUCGAAUUCCUCAUCGUCAUCUUCAUCGUUUUCAUUUAGUUCAAGUGGAUUCUAUGAUUUACAGUUUCUGAAAAGAAGCACCAGCACGAAUUUGGAGAUUGAAAAUUCCAUCGAGGGAGCAAAUUCUCACUGUAAGCAGUCUCAGCAGCUGUCUGGUUCAAGAAAGACUGCAACUGAACUUGGGGUUUGUUAACUUUCUGCUUCAAAGAUUUCAGUUAGUAGGGACCAAGAAAAACCAGUACUUUGCAGCAUAUGAACUUGAAAAAAAGGAAAAACACUGAAAAUUGUAGCCAGUUCCUGUUACAUGCUUCCAAAGUGAGUGUUAUUUUCAGAUCAAUUUGUUAAUGAUCCUGUAAUAGGUUUCUGUGGAAGAACACAUUGAAAAUCCAAUAUUGUUCAAAUAACAAU